AUCUAAAACCCUCCGAGGACCACUAAUCAAACCCACCGCCGCACCGCACCUCACCUGCCGUCUCCGCCCAAACCCUAGCCCCGGCACCCGGGGGACGACGCCAUGUACGCCGCCGCCGUGUUGGCAGCGGUCUCUGCGGUAUCCGUCGUUGCGGCGCAGUCCCCGGAGCCGCGCGACAACCAAACGGUCGCCGACGUGAUGAGCAUCUCUAUAUUCAUGGCCGUAUUCUUCCCCGUCUUCGUCGUGCUUCUUGCCUUCGCCUGCCUCCACUUGUUCCGGGCCCCCGACGACGACGACCCCCAGGCUCCGGACGCGGCGUCGGCACCGGAGUGGCCCCGCGGAGGGGGCAGCCGCAAGGGAGGGCUCGAUGCCGCCGCGAUCGCUGCGCUGCCGCUAGUGUUCUUCCGAGAGGUGAGACAGCACCGGAUCGUGGACGGGCGCGAGGACGCGCUCGAGUGCUCGGUCUGCCUCCUCGAGUUCGACGACGACGACGCCCUCCGCCUCCUCCCGACGUGCCCGCACGCGUUCCACCCGGAGUGCAUCGGCCUCUGGCUCGAGAGGCACGCCACCUGCCCGCUUUGCCGCGCCAGCGUCCUCGACGACGCGCCACCAGCCCCGGCAGCGCAGCUGGAGCUUCAUACGGCGCCACCGCUGACGCCGGACUCGUCGCCCGUUCACGCGGCUAUCGUGCUAAUCGGCGGCGCCGGCGCAAGCGAGGUAGGCGAAGAAGAGGACCGGACUACGAUCCAGCGCCUCGCGAGGAACCGCCGCGCGGCGGGGCGGCAGGCGCUGCCGCGGUCCAACUCGACGGGCCACAGCGCCAGCGACGGCGGGAUGGAGCGGUUCGCGCUGCGGCUCCCGGAGCACGUGCGCCUUGAGCUCCUCAUGUCCCACAGGCUGAGGCACGUGACGAGCGCGGUAGCAUCCGUGCGCGUCAUGGAGGGUAGCGCCCACGACACCAGUACGGUGGGCGGGAGCGUCAGGAGCACCAUGGCGAGGCUGAUGUCGCUCUUUACACCGGGCGCCGGGUGGAAAGGCGAUGGCGACGAUAAGUCCGGCAAGGCAGAGGCCACUGCCGCGUCAUCUCUCCGCCGCCGCGAGAACUCGUCCAGAGGAGCAGUGGGAGAAGAAAAGAGAAGCGUCUGAUAGGCGAAAGAAACCGAAUAAGUACUAUGCUCACACGAUUCGGUUUCAAACUUCUGAUGAUUCCAUCAGUGUCCGUUUUUUUAGUAGAGAGAUGCUUCUUUUAGGAUUGAAGGUGUAGCUUGAGGAUGCAGUGUUGCGGAUUUUGAUCAUUUUUUUUCUUUUGAGCCUAUUUUUGUGAGAAUUGUGAGAACAAUAUGGGAACGAGGAUAAACAUGUGAGCGAACCUGUAAAAGAUACAUCGUUCUAUGUCCACUGAUUUGGCAGAGUACUUGAACACAAAUGUAGGUUGAUAAUGCAGCGUUGCAGAUUUUUUUUUCAUUCUAUUUUCAAUUUCAUCCCACCUUUGUGACAUUGUGAAAAAAAGACCAGAACAAGGACAUAUCCAUUUUUCU